CUUAAGGCAUAUGUCACUUCAGCUUUUGUUGGCUGGUAAACGAAGGGCAAAAAACAAGGCUGCCGUCACAAUUACAACCCCGCAUUUCCAGCAUUACAGGGUCUUGAUCCUUCUUCUGCUACACUCUCCAAACUUAGAAGCGCAAAGCCACCACUAUCUCAUCAUCUGCAGCACGUGGAGCAUUUUCUGAAAAUGCUCUAUCUCGCGCCUUUUGUUCUUUUAUCCUUUGCAUUGCUUUCGGUACCAACCCGCGCAGAUUCUGGUGAUGAUUUCAGCAACAACAUGUUCUCUGACCUCGCCCCGUUACUUGCGUUAUUUGGAGAACGGGUAACGAUGCAAUUCCUGAGCCAGUCCAUGGGUUGGGCUGACUGCAUCAUCUUAGCAGUGGCACCCCUUGGUAAUAUUACAACUAUCGUUAGUGCUAUCCGGGUUGAUGGACCAGCUUAGCUCAAGGCCAUUAUAGGGAGAGUCUAGAGAGAAUCU